AUGCUUGUUGCUCUAUGUUUUGCAGUUGGACAUGCGGCUUGUAUUGUCACUAAUCAAAUUCUUUUUGGACGAAUCACCGGAAUAUUUGCUCAACAAUCAUUUGCUGCUGAUUGUCAUGAUCAACAAUUGCAAUUUAUCUCUCGAAAUAUAAAUAAAAGUGUGUGUCCAUUGGGUAUUGAACUUAGUCUAUCAAAUGAUGUACAGUUACAUAAAUUGUGUCAUUUGAAUGAGACAAUUUUAUCAUCAUUGUCUCCACCAAUGUUUUCAUUUCGAGAACAAGUGAUGGAUAUUGUUCGAUCGCUAUUCAUUGUUGGUAUUGCUAUUUAUCUAUGUUAUUUCGGUAAACAUAUGAUAUGGACAUUGGCUAUCAAACGACAAACAUCUCGAAUGCGUGUUCUUCUUUUCCGAUCUCUUCUUCAACGGCUCGUUGCCAAAGAAGCAAAGAAUGAAUUAGAAUCAUAUUCAAAAGCUGGACAAAUUGUUCAGGAAGUAUUUAGUUCAUUACGAACUGUUCAUUCAUUGAAUGGAAGUCGAUUUGAACAACAAAGAUACAAUAAAGAAUUAGAUCCAACUUAUUGGAGUAGUAUUCGCAAAGGAGUUGUGCUUGGUGUAUAUAUCGGUUGGUUACGAUUGUUAACACAAUUGAUCUAUGCAGUUGGUUAUAUCUUUGGUUCUAUUCUAAAGUCAUAUGGAAAUGAAUAUGCAUUAAAUAUUGGUGAUAUUAUUAUCGUUGUGAAUAUCUUUGCUCAAAGUUUAUUUUUUCUGUCUAUGAUUGGUCCUUACUUUCAGUCAUUUUCUGAAGCUCGAGGUGCAGCAAUGUCUGUAUUUCGACUGAUUGAUGAGGGAGAAGAUCGAGAUGUCAAUGAAAGUGAUCUGUUAAGAGAAAAAGAAUCAAUUUAUGAUAUGAUUGGUGAUAUUGAAUUUGACAAUGUGAAUUUAGUUUAUCCAUCUCGAAAAGAAACAACUGUCUUACAUAAUCUUAGUUUUACUGCUCGUGCUAAUCAAAUCACUGCUCUUGUUGGUUCAAGUGGUUCUGGGAAAAGUACAUGUAUAUCACUUCUUCUUCGUUUUUAUGAACCUUCAUCUGGUCGAAUUAUGAUUGAUGAUCGAUCAAUUACAGAUUAUCAUCGGAAUCAACUUCGACUCAAUAUUGGAGUUGUUAGUCAAGAACCGAUUUUGUUUGGUAUGAGUAUCUAUGAAAACAUUCGUCUUGGUAAAUUGAAUGCAACACGUAAAGAGAUCGACGAAGCAGCAAAAGAAGCAAAUGCAUAUGAUUUCAUUAUGAAAUUACCAAAUAAAUUUGAAACAAUUGUUGGAGAACGUGGUGUUCAAUUGAGUGGUGGAGAAAAACAACGUGUAGCAUUAGCUCGUGCUCUUGUCAAACAACCAUCGAUUCUUUUACUAGAUGAAGCAACAAGUGCACUUGAUAAUGUUAGUGAAAAACUUGUUCAAGAAGCGCUUAAUCGAGCAUCUAAAAAUCGUACAACUAUUGUCAUUGCACAUCGUUUAUCCACCAUUCGAAAUGCUUAUCAAAUCUAUAUGAUCGACAAAGGAAGUGUUAUUGAAGAAGGAAAUCAUGAAACAUUGAUGAGAAAAGAACAAGGAAAAUAUCAAACAAUGGUUAAAAGUCAACAGUUAGAAAAAACGAAUGAUGAUCAAGAUGAGAUAGUGAAGAUGACAACAAGAACUGAUGAAGAUGAAAAACAGAUCUGUGUUCUUUUAUUUGCUUUGCAUAUAUUUCAAAAUAUCGAAUUUGCUAUAUCAGGAUCAAAAUUAACUCAACGUAUUCGUUCAAAAGCAUUUGCUUGUCUUCUUCGUCAAGAAGUGGCUUAUUUUGAUCGACCUGAAAAUAGUUCUGGUGCCAUUACUGUUCGUCUUUCUUCGAAUGCAUCAGCUAUUCAAGACAUGAUUGGAACCACAUUAGGUCUUAUAUUGCAAGGUUUUGCUUUAUUCCUCUUUGGUUUAGUGUUUGGUCUUCUCUUCAGUCGACAAUUAACAUUGAUCAUGAUUUUUCCUUUUGUUCUCUUGCUUAUUAGUGCCUAUGUCAAUGUUCGAUUGACUGUAUGGCUAAAAACACGAACAGAUCUUAUUAUUGGACGAGCAAGUUCGCUUGCUGUUGAAGUUCUACAAAAUAUGCGCACCGUAAAACAAUUAUCUAUCGAAAAUGAAAUGUUACGACAAUAUUCACAUCUGAUCAAUGAAGCAAUGAAAACAUCUUGGAAACCUGAAAUAGUAUCUGGAAUGUUUUUCGGAUUGAUCUGGGCAGUAGAUCCGGUGGUGUUGGGAUUUCUAUAUUGGCAAGCAAUGAAUCUGGUUGAACAGGUUUAUUCAGUUGUGUCUCAUCAUAGUGCUAAACGUAUUGGAUCGGCGUUAUCUGCGGUGAAGAUCUUUUUUGAUUUGUUUGAUCGCAUCCCCACUAUUGACAAUUCAUCUACUAGUGGACAAGAAUUAGUUGAUUUUGGUGGAGAGAUCGAAUUUGAUAAAGUGAAAUUUGCCUAUCCAUGUCGACCAACAACAGUAGUUCUAAAUAAACUUAAAAUGAAUAUCAAACCAGGACAACGUGUAGCUCUUGUUGGUACAUCUGGAUGUGGAAAAUCAACAAUAAUUCAACUUCUCGAACGAUUCUAUGAUGUCACACAUGGUCAAUUAUUUCUUGAUGGUGUUGAUAUUCGAGAUCUCAAUCUUCAGUGGCUUCGUUCUCAGCUUGGUGUUGUUAGUCAAGAACCAAUUUUAUUUGAUCUAACUAUUGCUGAAAAUAUCACUUAUGGAUUACAGAAUGUUCCUUCGAUAGACGAGAUUAUCAAAGCAGCAACUAAAGCAAAUAUUCAUCAGUUUAUUCAACAAUUACCUCAGGGUUAUGAGACAAGAGUAGGAGUGAAAGGAAGUUUCUUGUCUGGUGGUGAGAAACAACGUAUUGCUAUUGCGCGAGUACUUCUUCGUCGACCAAAAAUAUUACUAUUAGAUGAAGCAACAAGUGCCAUGGAUUCAUACAAUGAACAAGUGAUUCAAGAAACACUUGGACAAGCUCAAAAUGAAGAUUCUAGUCGAACAUCGUUGAUUAUAGCUCAUCGUCUUUCAACUAUUCGUACCUGUGAUGUCAUCUAUGUACUUGAUAAGGGAUGUAUCAUUGAAAGUGGCACUCAUGCAGAAUCAGUUCAACAACAUGGCAUUUACUAUGAAAUGCUUACUGCUCAAAACAAUUCAUCAUCAUAG